CUUUGGGGGACUUCACAACAUUUUGCUUUCCGCUCUUUUAUUAAUUAAGAAAUGGAAUUUUCAAAAGUACCCGACACAUGUUUCACUUGGACACUAAAUGAUUUCGAAGAAUGUAACAUUGAUUCUCUACCAGAAAAGAGUUUUUCUUCGGCAAAUUUUACAACACUAAGAGAUCCAAGUAGAAAAUGGCAAUUACUUCUCUCCAUUGAGAAAUUAAACCAAAUUUAUCGUUCAAGCUCCAAAUGUGAUAAUUCCAAUUGCUUUAAGAAAACAAUAACUAAAAAGAUCGUUAAUCUCAAAAUUCUAUCCAAUGAAUUUAUUUCUAAUCCAGAGAAUAUCAGAGUUGACAUUUCAAUGAGAAAUAACUUUGAAAAAUUUACUAGAAGUUUAAUUGUUUCUGGAAAUAGAGAGCAAUACGCUUACGAAAAUUUUAUUGAUUGUGAAACAAUGUUAAAAAUGGUACAAGAAGGAAAAUUGGAAAUAUUCAUAGAAAUGUUUUUCCCAGACGAGAAGAAUGUUAAAUAUCUCGAUAUAAUCCGAAGUUCAGAAUUUUUGAGCGAUGUGAAAAUUUUAAUAACGGAUCGUACAUUUUACGCUCAUAAGGCUAUUUUAGCUGCUAGGAGUCUAUUUUUCUACCAAUUAUUUCAAAAGGAGACGGAAAUAACCGAAAUCAAGGAUCUUGACAUAAUGCCAAAAGUUUUUACCGAAAUUCUAAGAUACAUUUACUCCGAUUACGUGGAAAAAUGGUACCUUUCGAGUGACAUUCUAAUCGCCGCGAAUAUUCUAAAAAUGGAGAAUUUAAAGCUAGAAUGCGAAAAUUACUUGAGAAAUAAUUUAACAAUGGAUUGUAUUAAUACAAUUCUAAUCGUAUCUGUUGAAUGCGAUACUAAAUUUCUACUGAAACAUUGUCUAAACUAUGCUCUGAGGAACAUGAGUUUGUUGCGAAGUUUAAAAAAUUUCCACACACUUAAAACAAAACCACUUGUCGUACUCCGUGUUCUACAAGAAAUCCUCUUUCAAUUACAAAAUGGAAAAAUAACAAUUGUCGACAAUAUAAAUCUCUCCUACUCGAAGAUUGCAACAAACAAAAGUAGUUAUUUACUAAAAGAAUACGAGUCGUUUUUGAAUAAUGAAAAUCUAAGUGACAUUACAAUUCGAGUCGACGAAAAGAAUUUUCAAUGUCAUAAAAUUAUUCUUGCUGCAAAAAGUCAAGUACUACGUGAAUUAGUUACGAAAAAUAUGAGCGAAAAUCUUGGAAAUGUCAUGGAACUUACGGAUAUUAAAGGGGAAAUUUUCGAAGAGGUUCUCAGAUACAUGUACACGGGAAAAGUUAAUAAUCUACAAGAGUACGGUAUCGAUAUUCUAAGAGCCGCAAAUCAGUACAAAUUGGAGCAUUUAAAAAAUAUGUGUGAAGAAUUUCUUGUGGCAAAAUUAGCACACGAUAAUGUGGUGGAAACGUUAAAGAUUGCAGACGCCUGUAAUGCUCCAUUUCUCGUAAAACAUUGCAGUCAUUAUAUUCUAAAAUACAUGAUUUCAAAUUUCCAACGAAAGGAGUUUAGUAAGAGAAUUAAUCUCGACAUGUUUAUUAAUUGUAAUCACAAUAUUUUCUACGAAUUUCUUAAUAUACUGAGCAAACAAUGCCAGGUUUUGUAUAACUAAUUUUUUUUACGAA